CGCGCUCUAACCCUCCCGUGUGCGCUCGUGUUCUCUCUCUCUCAGCUCUCGCGCGCUCCUCUCUCUCUUUCUCUCUCUCUCUCUCUCUCUCUCUGAACUACAGUGUGUCUAUCGGUGGGGAGGUAGAGAGUGCGCGCGCGCUGUGCCGUGCAGUCUGCUGUGUGUUUUUCCCGGGCUUGGAUAUCUCUCUUCCUUUCUUCUUUUCUCUCUUUCUCUCACGUGCAUCCCUCCGUCCAUCCCUCCGCCGUCGUCGUUUUCUUCUCGUGCAGCUCCUGCGCUUUUUCUCUCUCUCUCUCCUGCUCGAUGCUGCCCAUCUCCUCUCGCGCUCGAGCAUGAGCUGGGCUGCCCGUGCUUCUGCAGUCCAGCAGCCGCGCGAGCCCUGGAUGCGCCUCCUCUCGGCCACCAACGCAGCACAGCAGCGGGCAGCGCGUGCCCAGCCCACGGGAGGGAACCGGUUUUAGGUCUCCAUAGAAUGGAGCGAGAAUGAACAGAGAGCGGCUGAAGGAAAAGCAUGAACUGGAGGGUCAUUGAGGUCACUUGCUUCCUGUUUAUAUGGGACCAUAUAACAGUUCAGUCUUCCCGCCAAGACCCCUCGGCCAACGAGCAGCAUGUCACCAAGCAGUUUGACUGGCUCAUCUCCGACCGCGGCCCUUUCCACCACUCCAAGGGCUACCUCUCCUUCGUGGAAAGAUUCCGCCAAGGAUUUACGACCCGAUAUAAAAUUUAUAGGGAGUUUGCACGUUGGAAGGUGAGGAACACGGCCAUCGAGAGGCGGGACCUGAUCCGUAACCCCGUCCCGCUCAUGCCCGAGUUCCAGAGGAGCAUGAGGCUUCUGGGAAGGCGGCCGUCCACCCAGCAGUUCAUCGACACCAUCAUCAAAAAAUAUGGAACCCACAUCCUCAUCUCAGCCACACUGGGAGGCGAGGAGGCGCUCACCAUGUUCAUGGCCAAGAACAAGCUGGACCGGAAGAUGGUCAACGCCACGCAGGGGGUGGAGGCCCUGCACCAGCUGGCAUCUUCAUACUUCAUCGACCGGGACGGCACCAUGCGCAAACUCCACGAGAUCCAGAUCUCCACCAACGCCAUCAAGGUGACCGAGACCCGGACUGGACCUCUUGGGUGCAGCACCUACGACAACCUGGACUCGGUCAGCUCCGUUCUCCUGCAGAGCCCAGAGAGCAAACUCCAUCUGCAAGGUCUCCAGGUGAUUUUCCCAGAAUACCUGCAGGAGAAGUUCGUACAGUCUGCUCUGAGCUACAUCAUGUGCAACGGCGAGGGUGAAUACGUCUGCCGCAACAACCAGUGCAUCUGUCGCUGCUCCGAGGAUUUCCCACAAUGCAACUGUCCAACCACCGACCUGCAGAUCAUGGAGAACACACUGCGAGGCAUGGCUGAGUCCUGGGCAGCUUCAUACAAGGACUUUGAGAACUCUGAUGAGUUUAAAUCCUUCCUGAAGAGGCUUCCCUCCACCCACUUCCUGCCGGUCAGCAGUGUGCACCUGCUCUGGGGGAGUGACUGGGACCUGCAGGCCCGGUACCGGCUCCUCCAGAGCUCCCUGGAGGCCCAGAGGCUGAAGAUCCAGCGCACGGCCCGGAAGCUCUUCAGCCUCAGCGUCCGCUGCCACCACAACCCCAACCAUCAGAUGCCUAGAGAGAGGUGGGUCUCAAUAUCCGUGCUGCAGUGGCUGAACCGGGUGCAGUCCUUCCUCUACUGCAACGAGAACGGCUUCUGGGGAACCUUCCUGGAGAGCCAGCGGACUUGCGUGUGCCACACGGGCGUCACCCUGUGCCAGAGGCCGAUUCCUUGCGUCAUCGGCGGCAACAACAGCUGCGCCAUGUGCAGCCUGGCCAACAUCUCGCAGUGCGGCUCCUGCAACAAGGGCUACAAGCUGUACCGCGGGCGCUGCGAGCCGCAGAACGUGGACUCAGAGCGCAGCGAGCAGUUCAUCAGCUUCGAGACGGACCUGGACUUCCAGGACCUGGAGCUCAAGUACCUGCUGCAGAAGAUGGACUCGCGCCUGUACAUCCACACCACCUUCAUCAGCAACGAGGUGCGUCUGGAGACUUUCUUCGACCCUCGCUGGCGCAAGCGCAUGUCCCUGACGCUCAAGAGCAACAAGAACCGCAUGGACUACCUGCACAUGAUGGUGGGGCUGUCCAUGAAGAUAUGCCAGAUGAGGAACAGCAGCGUGGACCCCAUGUUCUUUGUCUAUGUCAACCCAUUCAGUGGCAGCCACUCGGAAGGCUGGAGCAUGCCGUUCGGCGAGCAUGGCUACCCUCGGUGGGAAAAGAUACGGCUGCAGAAUUCCCAGUGCUUCAACUGGACCUUGCUUCUGGGCAAUCGCUGGAAGACCUUCUUCGAGACGGUGCACAUCUACCUGCGCAGCCGAGCCAAGGUGCCUACCGUCCUGCGCAACGACACAGGCCAAGGUCCGGUGGACCUUUCCGACCCCAACAAGCGGCAGAUCUACAUCAAGAUCUCCGACAUCCAGGUGUUCGGCUACAGCCUCCGCUUCAACGCCGACUUGUUGCGGAGCGCCGUGCAGCAGGUCAACCAGUCGUACACGCAAGGGACCCAGUUCUACUCCUCGUCGUCCAUCAUGCUUCUUCUGCUGGACAUCCGGGAGAGGAUUAAUCGUCUGGCCCCUCCGGUGGCCCCCGGGAAGCCACAGCUGGACCUGUUCUCCUGUAUGCUGAAGCACCGGCUCAAGCUCAACAACAGCGAGAUGAUCCGAGUCAACCAUGCCUUGGACAUGUACAACACAGAAAUCUUGAAACAGUCGGACCAUCUGACUACCAAACUUUGCUGAAUUUGGCUGGAGAAAAGCUAUAUAGAAAGAGAGUGGAAAAAAAGAGAGCGUACCUAAACUAAAUAUUGAAUAUUAACACUUUGGUUGAGAAUAGUUGAGAAUAUUGAACAGGACUGCAUCGCGCAACGUGCAAUGUGAACCGUGCCGUUGGCGACGAGGACUGCCGCCGCGGCAAAAAGAACAAAUCCUUUUUAUUUUCGAUCCUUUUUUCAUUUGGGACCUUUUUUUCCGUUCUGCUUUUUGAUGUACUAUUAACAACUUUCUAAGUGUAAUUGUUAAAUAAGAAACUAAAAAUACAGAGAUUAAGCCUUUUAGUUCACUAAAGAUGAAGAUUAAUUAAUGAAAGAAAAAAAAAUUGAAACAUGACUGUACCAUAUUUGUCCAAGCAUGUCUGUCACUUCCUAACGGAGCAUAAAGAGUAAAGAAAGAAAAGAGAAAAAAAAGAACAAAACAAAAAAAAAAUACAACUAAACCCAACAUCCGGUGACAAAGAGGCCUUGAUAUUACUCAGAGGGAACAAAGGUACAUCUGAAACUGCCAUUCUUUACUGGGUAACAUAUUUUUAACAACGUAACAAAGCAGACAAGAGGUUUCAUCUUUUGAUUUGAAGACUUAAAAGACGUAAAAGCGAAACGUGCUUCAUAACACUUCAAUUCACAAUGUGUUUCACCAGACGUAGGUCUAUGUGUACCAUUUUAAAGGAUGCGAAACCAGUCGUUCGCUGUAUUAGUGUUCUUACAUACCACCCCGUAACAUCCCUCUGAGUGUAACGGGCUGUGCUUUUUCCGUACAGGCAUGUUACAAGGCAGCCAGCCAGCCGGUCGGUCAUUUCGCUCUAAAGUGCAGCCAGCUGUUUAUAGCUCUAGUUUCGUUGACGCUAAUGCUAAUCGCCAUACGCUAGUCGGAUGUCAUUUGAGAGUGAGUGAGUGACUUGACUUGCCUAAGCUGAAUUUCGUUUGUUGGGCUAUUUAUCUGUCCCCUUUCUUCAGCAAGGUCCGGUCCCUCGUUUGGUCCCAGAGCGUGGCUCUUAUGGUCCGAAGAAUCUUUUUUCUUUUUUUUAUCCAGAACAAUCGAUGCUAAUUCGCAAAACCUAGCUUCGCAAAAAUGUACAGCUUGUUACAGACUGCUAACGUGUCAAAGCUUUUGUUAUUCUUACUAUUAUAAUUUCCUUUUCUUCUCCUUUAUUUCUUUAUUUCUUACUUUUUCUUACUCUUCUUCCUGUUCUCGCUCAGAACCGAGAGCAGGUUUUUGGGGUCAUUCACUCACACAAUUGCAAGAGAUUGACGUAAAGCCAUACAUUUCCGAGGGGGAUGACACGAAUAAAGAGAGGAUUGUGCACAUUUA